AUGGCAGCAGCGCGUCCGUCCACCUGGCUGAUCACCGGCGCCUCAUCGGGCUUUGGCAAAUCGCUUGCUUUGGAGGCUCUCAAGGCUGGCUACAAGGUCAUUGGAACCACCCGCGACGUUGGCAAGGCUGAAAAUGGCUCUCCUGAGUUCUCCGCCAAUGGUGGGAUCUGGAUCGCUUUAGAUCCCGCCCAUAAGAAUGCCUUCGAUCAAUUUUCCAAAUGCUGUCAAGAACACGAUGUUGACGUGCUCGUCAACAACGCGGGCUAUGCGUUCAUUGGUGUCGUGGAAGAUACAAGCGAGGACGAAGUCCGCGACCAAAUGGAAGUCAACUUCUAUGGCCCUCUCCGCACCGUGCGAGCCUGUCUCCCUACCAUGCGUGCAAAAGGCUCUGGUAACAUUGUCCUGAUCAGCAGUGGUGCUGGCUUCAUAGCCCGCCCUUGUCGAGCUAUGUAUUCCGCCAGUAAAUUUGCUAUCGAGGCUGUCCACGAGUCCCUUUCCUACGAGGUCAAGUCCUUCGGCAUCAAGGUUCUCAUCGUGGAGCCGGGUGCAUUCCGUACGCCCUUCUCGAGCAAGAUCAUCACUCCGGCUCAGUAUGAUGGCAAUAACGGCUUCAGCGAGGCCUACAAGGAUACCCCAAUGGCGCAGAUGGUCGCCGGAUCUCGAAACCUCUCUACUCCAGACAUGUGCAAGGGAGACCCUGACAAAGCUGCACAAGCUAUCCUUAAAGCGGUUGUCGGCGGUCACGAUUAUCUUCGUCUGCCUCUGGGGGUAGACUGCGUAGCUGCACUGGAGUCCAAGAUAGGACAGUUGCAGAGCGACUUGGAGGCUACCAGAUCAAUUGCCAUAGCUACGGCUGUCGAUGACUAG